UAGUUGUAGUCGUUGUUGUUGUCGGCGUUGUUUCUAUUGCAGCAGUAAUAGGAAUAGCAGCUGCAGUCGCAGAAUUAUAGCGUUUCAAGAAAAUAGAACUUGAAGUCCUAAAGUUCAAUGACAUGUUUAAGUAGUCAGUCCAUUGUAAUAAAUGAAUCGAUGUUAAGUAGACGCGUUAUUUUAUUUUCCCGCAUAUUACUGUUUUCCUCUUAACGAAAAACAGUGUUUUAGCUGAAGGAAUGGCGUGCGCGAUUUACGUAUUAGGAAUAUGCAUGGUGUUUGUAGGUGCAACAUCGAUCAAAAAACCACAGAUUUCCGUACAUGUGAUAUCUGAUUAUACUUCCCAAAUAGUGUGCAACGGUCAUGACUAUCACGAAGAACAUGGUAAUGAAAAUUGGAUUAUUAGCAAAAAUUCUUCUGAAGGGUUUCAGUCCAUAGGGAAAGUAAUAAAGACUUCAAAAGGGUGUUACUGGAAUGGCUCAGCUGCUAUACUCUCCGGCUCGGUACAGUGCGUUUGUAUGCAGGGCAACUCGUUUGUUUGCAAUGUUACUGAUAACAAUAUUGCUACCACAGCUGAGCAGUGGAAGUGUGCACAAGCCUUCAAAACGACUUAUAUAGUCAGCGAUAUUGCAAUUGCUUCGCAAGGAAGGCGUUCAACAAUUUCCACGACAAAUCUUAUUUCGACCAUAGCUUAUACAAAAGUUAUACAUGAAGACAAGGAAAGAGAGUUAGAAACUACAACCGUCACAAAAAUGGAUGAUACAUCGAACAUUUUCGCUGCUACGACAAUCCCAGAUACUACAACAACGAUAGAUAUGUUGAUAACGAACACAACCAAUAGGAAUUAUAAUGUUGUUGCGAUUCUGGCGACGGCUGGUCCAUUUAUAUUGCUGGACAUAGGAAUAGUUUUGUUCGUGUGUAGAAAGAAAUUAAAUAAUUGCAAGAAGCGCAGCAGUUAUCGAGGCAACGAUGCAGCUGCUGUAAGUUUCCAAUGCAGCGUCAACUUUCAAAACGAAAAUGAGGCUGCCGGCUUUAAUAAUGUUACUAACGCUGAAUCUCUUGCAGGGCCAAAUGUCAACAUCAAUACCUCAUGCACAGCGGAUGGGGCGUGCGGCUACAACGCACACGGGAACAUCAAGAUUCCUAAUACUUUACACAAGGAAGAUCAACUUUAUUCACACGUGACCAAUGAUCCUCAUGAUCACGCAUGUGCUGACAUUGACGAUUUUUAUCCAACCAUCAGCACUGGAAAACCCCCAUAUUAUUCGACAGGUGAAGAUGACGCACCUUGCACAACUGUGUAUGAUGAGGAUCCUCUUUACACAGCUGUUAGGAAGGAGAAACCCGUCAAGGAGAAAAGUAUGAGCAACGACAAUGAUUCAAUUUAUUCAUUCGUGAACAAUGAUGUCCAACCUUUUGUAAGAGCUUUCAAAGAAAUUUCACAUCAUAUUAAUAGUGAUCAAUCAACUUUUGCAUCUGUGACCGCCACAAAUGACCCGCUGUAUUCAACUGUGAACAAGAAAGGUCUACUUGAACCAACUGACAGCAAAAAGAACGACCCAUUUGACCCACAAGAGAAUCCAAAUGAAGAAGAUUACAUCGCCUUAAAGACGACGUUUCCACUAAAUACUGAUCGUCAGAAGGAGGAGCCACCCUAUUCAGUUGUUCAAAAGAAGAACACUAGAGGUAUAAAUAAUACAGAUUGGAAUGGAACAGUUCCACCAGCACCAUUUUACUCCACAACACCAGUGCCACUUUAUAGCAAAGUGAAAAAGAAGCCGGUUAUUGAUGCUGACAAUUCGCCCGCAAAGGAACAUCGAGCGUAAAUUGCCUGGUCGAUGCGCAAAGAUCGCACGUUGCAAACAAACAAACACAGCGCGUGUAUAUGUGCUCUUGAAGAAUUCAACGAUACAUUUCUUUUAUUUGUUUUGUUAAUACAUUAUUAUUGAAUAGUGUUUUUAAAGCU